AUGGGCACAAAGGCAAACACCGUGCAGCGCUGUGUCAUAUACAUGUAUCGCGAACUCCAGUGUUUGAUCAGGAUUUGGGGUCCACACCUUGCAUCGGCGAAUCCCUUUGAAGGAAUGCCUGAUGAUAUGCAGAACCUCUUUGUCGGGUUCCAUUUUGACCUCAACUACUGUGCCUUUGCAGGUUCCGAGGGCGGGUCUCCUGCGUCUUGA